ACCCUAGUGCAGCGCUGUAUCAGAAGACUUCCUCUGCUAUUUUGCUCUGCUAUGGAGAUCAUCAUUUGUUUUGCGAAGAGGAGAAAUUACUAAAUGCACCAAAGUUAGGAUAAUCGUUGACAGAAUUAUUGGUCAAGAAGGUCCAACAGUAAGUAUGUUCUUUAUUUCUGAUCAGGUGUUAUUGUGUGAUUCCCCACAGUUGACGGACUGGAAAAAUGUUCUCUGGCCGACUGUGAUGUUGUGGUGGGCAGCACCCAGACUCGUCCACUGAAGCAGAAGGGGAAGAUCUCCACUAUAGGGAAGAUCUUCAAACCUUGGAAAUGGCGCAAGAAGAAAACCAGUGACAAGUUUCAGGACCUAUCCAUAGGUAUGUCUGAAGUAGCCUGGUCACAUACUGCUUCAUUAUGCUGUAGCCAACUCUUACAGUGGGGAAAAAAAGUAUUUAGUCAGCCACCAAUUGUGCAGGUUCUCCCACUUAAAAAGAAAAUCACAUUGUAGGAUUUUUAAUGAAUUUAUUUGCAAAUUAUGGUGGAAAAUAAGUAUUUGGUCACCUACAAACAAGCAAGAUUUCUGGCUCUCACAGACCUGUAACUUCUUCUUUAAGAGGCUCCUCUGUCCUCCACUCGUUACCUGUAUUAAUGGCACCUGUUUGAACUUGUUAUCAGUAUAAAAGACACCUGUCCACAACCUCAAACAGUCACACUCCAAACUCCACUAUGGCCAAGACCAAAGAGCUGUCAAAGGACACCAGAAACAAAAUUGUAGACCUGCACCAGGCUGGGAAGACUGAAUCUGCAAUAGGUAAGCAGCUUGGUUUGAAGAAAUCAACUAUGGGAGCAAUUAUUAGGAAAUGGAAGACAUACAAGACCACUGAUAAUCUCCCUCGAUCUGGGGCUCCACGCAAGAUCUCACCCCGUGGGGUCAAAAUGAUCACAAGAACGGUGAGCAAAAAUCCCAGAACCACACGGGGGGACCUAGUGAAUGACCUGCAGAGAGCUGGGACCAAAGUAACAAAGCCUACCAUCAGUAACACACUACGCCGCCAGGGACUCAAAUCCUGCAGUGCCAGACUCAACUCGUCGUGUUUGGAGGACAAAGAAUGCUGAGUUGCAUCCAAAGAACACCAUACCUACUGUGAAGCAUGGGGGUGGAAACAUCAUGCUUUGGGGCUGUUUUUCUGCAAAGGGACCCUUCCAUCAGCAAGGGCAUUGAAGAUGAAACGUGGCUGGGUCUUUCAGCAUGACAAUGAUCCCAAACACACCGCUCGGGCAACAAAGGAGUGGCUUCGUAAGAAGCAUUUCAAGGUCCUGGAGUGGCCUAGCCAGUCUCCAGAUCUCAACCCCAUAGAAAAUCUUUCGAGGGAGUUGAAAGUCCGUGUUGCCCAGCGACAGCCCCAAAACAUCACUGCUCUAGAGGAGAUCUGCAUGGAGGAAUGGGCCAAAACACCAGCAACAGUGUGUGAAAACCUUGUGAAGACUUACAGAAAACGUUUGACCUGUGUCAUUGCCAACAAAGGGUAUAUAACAAAGUAUUGAGAAACUUUUGUUAUUGACCAAAUACUUAUUUUCCACCAUAAUUUGCAAAUAAAUUCAUUAAAAAUCCUACAAUGUGAUUUUCUGGAUUUUUUUUUCUCAUUUUGUCUGUCAUAGUUGACAUGUACCUAUGAUGAAAAUUACAGGCCUCUCUCAUCUUUUUAAAUGGGAGAACUUGCACAAUUGGUGGCUGACUAAAUACUUUUUUUCCCCACUGUACAUUUACAUUUACAUCCAUUGUUGUCAUGCCACAUGUUUUCAUUUAUUAUGCUGUAGCCAACUCUUCCAUCGUUGUCAUACCACAUGUUUUCAUGCCAAACAUGACAUGAAACUUGUGCCAUUCACUAUCCCCUCACAUGAUUAACACCCAAAGAAAGUUUUAAUAUAUUGGUUUGCAUCUUGCGUGACUCUGCCAAUGCCCGGGCAAGCUACAUAGUGUACCCUAGCUAAAGUACAUCUUGUGAUUUUGACAAUUUACAUUUAUGUAAAGAUUUCAAGCUUGCUUAAAAUAAUAUCAGCAGGCUAGGGGCAGGUUUGAAAGGAGUGAGUGUGAUCAUGGGUUUAAUUUCUCAAGCAUCCUCCACUGUUUCUGGACUAUGUACAGUGAGGGAAAAAAGUAUUUGAUCCCCUGCUGAUUUUGUACGUUUUCCCACUGACAAAGACAUGAUCAGUCUAUAAUUUUAAUGGUAGGUGUAUUUGAACAGUGAGAGACAGAAUAACAACAACAACAAAAAAACAGAAAAACGCAUGUCAAAAAUGUUAUAAAUUGAUUUGCAUUUUAAUGAGGGAAAUAAGUAUUUGACCCCUCUGCAAAACAUGACUUAGUACUUGGUGGCAAAACCUUUGUUGGCAAUCACAGAGGUCAGACGUUUCUUGUAGUUGGCCACCAGGUUUGCACACAUCUCAGGAGGGAUUUUGUUCCACUCCUCUUUGCAAAUCUUCUCCAAGUCAUUAAGUUUUCAAGGCUGACGUUUGGCAACUCGAACCUUCAGCUCCCUCCACAGAUUUUCUAUGGGAUUAAGGUCUGGAGACUGGCUAGGCCACUCCAGGACCUUAAUGUGCUGCUUCUAGAGCCAUUCCUUUGUUGCCUUGGCCGUGUGUUUUGGGUCAUUGUCAUGCUGGAAUACCCAUCCACGACCCAUUUUCAAUGCCCUGGCUGAGGGAAGGAGGUUCUCACCCAAGAUUUGACGGUACAGGGCCCCGUCCAUCGUCCCUUUGAUGCGGUGAAGUUGUCCUGUCCCCUUAGCAGAAAAACACCCCCAAAGCAUAAUGUUUCCACCUCCAUGUUUGACGGUGGGGAUGGUGUUCUUGGGGUCAUAGGCAGCAUUCCUCCUCCUCCAAACACAGAGAUUUGAAUGGAUGCCAAAGAGCUCGAUUUUGGUCUCAUCUGACCACAACACUUUCACCCAGUACUCCUCUGAAUCAUUCAGAUGUUCAUUGGCAAACAUCAGACGGGCCUGUAUAUGUGCUUUCUUGAGCAGGGGGACCUUGCGGGCGCUGCAGGAUUUCAGUCCUUCACGGCUUAGUGUGUUACCAAUUGUUUUCUUGGUGACUAUGGUCUCAGCUGCCUUGAGAUCAUUGACAAGAUCCUCCCGUGUAGUUCUGGGCUGAUUCCUCACCGUUCUCAUGAUCAUUGCAACUCCACGAGGUGAGAUCUUGCAUGGAGCCCCAGGCCGAGGGAGAUUGACAGUUAUUUUGUGUUUCUUCCAUUUGCGAAUAAUCGCACCAACUGUUGUCACCUUCUCACCAAGCUGCUUGGCGAUGGUCUUGUAGCCCAUUCCAGCCUUGUGUAGGUCUACAAUCUUGUCCCUGACAUCCUUGGAGAGCUCUUUGGUCUUGGCCAUGGUGGAGAGUUUGGAAUUUGAUUGAUUGAUUGCUUCUGUGGACAGGUGUCUUUUAUACAGGUAACAAGCUGAGAUUAGGAGCACUCCCUUUAAGAGUGUGCUCCUAAUCUCAGCUCGUUACCUGUAUAAAAGAGACCUGGGAGCCAGAAAUCUUUCUGAUUGAGAGGGGGUCAAAUACUUAUUUCCCUCAUUAAAAUGCAAAUCAAUUUAUAACAUUUUUGACAUGCAUUUUUCUGGAUUUUUUUGAUGUUAUUCUGUCUCUCAAUGUUCAAAUAAACCUACCAUUAAAAUUAUAGACUGAUCAUUUCUUUGUCAGUGGGCAAACGUACAAAAUCAUCAGGGGAUCAAAUACUUUUUUCCCUCACUGGAUGUUGUAACACAGAACUAAAUGAAGUGAUAUCUGAUCAUCAUAUACAGUCAUGUUGAGCUGUUCAUGUCAUACAAGACCUGGCUUCAAAUAGUUUGUUUUAUUUCAAAUAGUUUGACCAUUUGAUUGAGGCUGUCUGAGUGCCAGCUGGGUGGGACAGCUAUUUAAAGAAUGGCAGCUAUUUGAAAGAAAAACAAUACCAUUGGAAUCCAAUUAUGUCGUCUGUGUCAUACCUGUCUGGCUAGUAGUGGGAAGGCCUUCUCAAGUUCAUCUCUUGGUGUGAUAAUCGACUUUUGAACACAAAUGCUAUUAUUUAUUUUUUUUCACAUAAUUUACAUAUUUAAUGGACUACUUUCCCUACUGCAUCAUAGCUACAUGACCCUAAGCUGUCCAUCUUUCACAUAAUUUAUUCCUCUGUGUAAUUGUUCCUGGACUUUUAUGUAAUCCCUGACUUACAUUCAAUGCGUGUGUGUGUGCAUGUGUUGGGUAAUAUCCUACCCUGUCAUUACAAAGAUCACAGAAUGAAUGACUGCGUCUGGCCAAUGAUUAACUCUACUCUGCUCAUCUCCAUAGUUCUGGAGAGGAAAAUCUCCACAAGGCAAAGUCGAGAGGCGCUGAUAAGACAAGGCGUCCUCAUUCCUGAUCAAGGUGAGAGUUAGGGCGGGAAAAUUAAUGUAAUUAACAGUGUUCAUUUGUUUAUUUUAGGCUGUGAUGACUAAAUAGUAUUGAGCAGAAGUCCCUCCCCCAACCCCCUGUUUCCCGCUGUGGCAUUGUGAUGCCAAAAACCACUCUCACAGGAGCUGCUGUCCUAUACUAACAAUUUACCUGCAGCAACAAGUUUGUGUUUUUAUAACCAGUGGAAAACUCCCUGAUGUUAGUUGUUGCUACGAUGGGGAAGAAACCCAAACUGCAGUACCAUCUAAGUUGUUUGUCCUCCUGGUAGUCACUGAAGAGCAAGAGUAAUGAGGCCCAGGAGAGGACCCUGCUGCUGCCCUCACUAACACCCCCCUCCCUCUGCAUUGUUACAUUACCUCAAAUCUGCAUAAAGGAUGGAAAAUGACAUUUUGUUCUUAAGGGAGUUCAUCUAAUGGUAAAUGUAAAUGUCUCAAGACUUGUAUUCCUCAUGUGUACUGUAUAAUGAGUGGAUGUAGUAAAAUAGCUUCAUGUCAGUUAAAAUGUGCCCCAUAUCACCCCCUGCUAACUGUUCAAUGUUUCCUUUGCACCAGAGGAGCCAGUGAACUCGGAGACUCUAAAUGGCCACUCCACGCUUAGUGUGGGGUCAGAGGAGGUCAAAGUUGACAUAGAGUCUCCUGAAAUGCCUUCGGAGGAGAAGACCGAAGGGUCGGAGAAUGCUGAGGACAAAGCAGGUAUACUGGAAUGCUUAAAACAUGUUUGUCUGCAAGCAGGCCAAAGCUAAAUGAAAUGGCAUGGUCUAAAUCCAUUCAGUGAGCUCCGAUUGAAUAAUGUGUCCACUAGCGUUUCCUAUUUUGGCUUUGACCUCCAAGCAUGAGUCUGAACAGAGCAAUAACCCAUCCACUGAUGGCCAAUAUUACCCUGUUAGACCUGCAGGAGUUUUGCCAUCUGAAGCUUUUAAAGUGUUGUUGUUCCUCAAUUCAAUUUGUACUGGGUUUUCCAUCCCAUAUCCAUGAAGAUGUCUCCAUCGCUGUUAAUCUUUUAGCAGAUGACCAAUCGUCACAAUGCUGCACACUCCAGCAGAAUGUAACCAGACACACCUUCUAUGGUAAAUCCCCUUGAUGCUCGGAUAGAGAAAUGAAAGAGCAGAAAUCCCCUAUUCUGAAGACCUGCAGGUCAAAGGAGGCUGUCACUUCUGCAAUGAUCAAAUUCUUCUGUACUGUACUGAUCAUACCACUGGAGCCAGAGCUCUGGCCUCUUCAGAUCAAUAGGAAGCCACUCCACUGCUCCCCACUUAAGACCAAAGACAAACUGGGAUGACUGGCUAGAUCUCUCUCCAAUGACACAUUCAGAGUGGUUCAGCUGGUCAGUGCAGGUCAGGAAAACCGAUUCAAUUGAGUUCUCAGUUCAUUACAGAGCCAUUUGGUGCCCUGUCAGGGCAGAUACCCAGACUAUGCCUAAUCUACAGUGCCCGGGCACUGAGGGCUCUGCCUGGCAAUGAUGUGCUACUUUAAUGAAUGCAUCGGGAGCUUGGAUGUGACAGCUCGGAUGAGUAAGAAUGUGGAGAGAAAUUCUCCUAUGUUGACCCUAUAAGAUAUUAGUCCAUACUAGAUGGACAUUUGUCUUCUACUUUUUUCCCCUCUGAUAUAAACACACACGUUAGGUUGGAGGUCAGGUCACAUCAAAAUGGUUUGUUAGACCUUUCUUCAUACCUCCAAUAUAAACUGUAACAAUCCUCUUCAAGGUUAGGGGAGUUUGUACAGAAUUGAAGCGGGAGACCGUCACCCAAAAUCACCCUAGAGAGAGUUAUUUUGAACAUGACAGUACCUGUAUGUUGGUUUCUGUGUCCUGGUCCGCCCAGGCCACAGGCGUGGUCGAGGAUAGCAGUGUUCGAUACACGAAUCGGGUUCUCGGUAGGUCCAGGUCCAACAGCCAACAGGUAAGUCUAAACAGUCCAGGUAACACACAGUAAAUCCAGCCAAUAUAUAUAGUCGUGGUCAAAAGUUUUGAGAAUGACACAAGUAUUGGUCUUCACAAAGUUCGCUGCUUCAGUGUUUUUAGAUAUUUUUGUCAGAUGUUACUAUGGUAUACUGAAGUAUAAUUACAAGCAUUCCAUAAGUGUCAAAGGCUUUUAUUGACAAUUACAUUACGUUUAUGCAAAGAGUCAAUAUUUGCAGUGUUGACCCUUCUUUUUCAAGACCUCUGCAAUCUGCCCUGGCAUGCUGUCAAUUAACUUCUGGGCCACAUCCUGACUGAUGGCAGCCCAUUCUUGCAUAAUCAAUGCUUGGAGUUUGUCAGAAUUUGUGGGUUUUUGUUUGUCCACCCGCCUCUUGAGGAAAGGGGAUUCAUCAGAGAAAAUGACUUUACCCCAGUCCUCAGCAGUCCAAUCCCUGUACCUUUUGCAGAACAUCAGUCUGUCCCUGAUGUUUUUCCUGGAGAGAAGUGGCUUCUUUGCUGCCCUUCUUGACACCAGGCCAUCCCCCAAAAGUAUUUGCCUCACUGUGAGUGCAGAUGCACUCACACCUGCCUGCUGCCAUUCCUGAGCAAGCUCUGCACUGGUGGUGCCCCGAUCCCGCAGCUGAAUCAACUUUAGGAGACGGUCCUGGCGCUUGCUGGACUUUCUUGGGCGCCCUGACGCCUUCUUCACAACAAUUGAACCUCUCUCCUUGAAGUUCUUGAUGAUCCGAUAAAUGGUUGAUUUAGGUACAAUCUUACUAGCAGCAAUAUCCUUGCCUGUGAAGCCCUUAUUGUGUAAAGCAAUGCUGAUGGCACGUGUUUCCUUGCAGGUAACCAUGGUUAACAGAGGAAGAACAAUGAUUUCAAGCACCACCCUCCUUUUAAAGCUUCCAGUCUGUUAUUCUCACUCAAUCAGCAUGAUCACAUAAUUUAUCCAGCCUUGUCCUCGUCAACACUCUCACCUGUGUUAACGAGAGAAUCACUGACAUGAUGGCAGCUGGUCCUUUUGUGGUAGGGCUGAAAUGCAGUGGAAAUGUUUUUUGGGGAUUAAGUUCAUUUUCAUGGCAAAGAGGGACUUUGAAUUAAUUGCAAUUCAUCUGAUCACUCUUCAUGUCAUUCUGGAGUAUAUACAAAUUGCCAUCAUCAAAACUGAGGCAGCAGACUUUGUGAAAAUUAGUAUUUGUGUCAUUCUCAAAACUUUUGACCACGACUGUAUAUUGUCACUUUUUUAUUUUUCCGUGUUUCACAGAUCCACAGCCACUUGCUCUCUCCCCCUUCCUAGUUUGUCUUGACCCCUUAUAUGUGGGUCGGCCCCACCUUGCGAGCGUUCCCCUUGCUUCUGGGGAUUGUAGUUUUUGGCGGUCUGCCAUUUUGUGAUCUGUAGUUCUUGUCGGAGUGGCCAUUUUAGUGAGGGCAGAGCCCGUUUAUUAGUUCUGCCCUCACAUAUCUGCCAUUUAACACUCUGCCCUCUUCUUUGCCACAAAACACACACGUUAGGUUGGAGGUAAGGUCACAUCAAAAGGGUUUGUUAGACCUUUCUUCAUACAUUCGAUAUGCACAUAAUGGACCGACUUUACGUUCCCCACGAUUAUUAGCGAGACACAUUUUUCUCCAUGGUCUCUUCUUUCCCCUGAUCAGACGUAAGCCUUCCUAUCCAUCACCCUUGUGUCUGUCUGUCUGUCUCUGUCUGUCUCUAUCUCUGUCUCUGUCUCUGUCUCUGUCUCUGUCUCUGUCUCUGUCUGUCUCUGUCUGUCUCUGUCUGUCUCUGUCUGUCUCUGUCUGUCUGUCUCUGUCUGUCUCUGUCUGUCUCUGUCUCUGUCUCUGUCUCUGUCUGUCUCUGUCUGUCUCUGUCUGUCUCUGUCUGUCUCUGUCUCUGUCUCUGUCUCUGUCUAUGUCUCUGUCUCUGUCUGUCUCUGUCUCUGUCUCUGUCUGUCUGUCUCUGUCUCUGUCUCUGUCUCUGUCUCUGUCUCUGUCUCUGUCUCUGUCUCUGUCUCUGUCUCUGUCUCUGUCUCUGUCUGUCUGUAAAUGCCAGGAGAGGUUGCUCUGCUGCUCCUCCUCUACCCCCCGUAGUGACAAACAAAAAACAAAGCUACCCAAAAGCACAGGCAAGCAAGCUUCCGCUCCGCCCCACAAACAAAACCCUCGAAACAAUUACCGUGGGAGCGGUGAGUAUCAGUGGUGCUGGUUGGUUGGGAGAGAGAAGCCUGUUUGCAUGCAUAAUGUACCCGUCUUCACAUGUGGAAGGCCUUUCUCCGUCCAUCAGUCCAUCCAUCCUUGUCCCCCCUCAGGAAUGAAUGGUAGUAUCCCGCAUGGAGAAUGUACCCAUCUUCACAUGUGGAAGGCCUCCCUCCGUCCAUCAUUCCAUCCAUCCUCAAGAAUGGUCCAUACUAGAAUAGGCUAAGGAUUGACAGUAGUUGAAAGGGUUAAUUUUUCUUGUAGUAAAAAGGGAAGUGAGGAGAGUGUACAGAGAGUUACCAGCAAUUUUUUUUAGACAGCACUUCAAUAAAGACACUGUGUCCCAUUUGUGUUCCCCUUUCUGCCUGCCUGCUGCCUGCUGCCUGCUGCCUUCCUGCUGUCUGCCUGCUGCCUGCUGCCUUCCUGCUGUCUGCCUGCUGCCUUCCUGCUGUCUGCAGCUGCCUGCUGCCUUCCUGCUGUCUGCCUGCUGCCUGCUGCCUUCCUGCUGUCUGCCUGCUGCCUGCUGCCUUCCUGCUGUCUGCCUGCUGCCUGCUGCCUUCCUGCUGUCUGCCUGCUGCCUGCUGCCUUCCUGCUCUCUGCCUGCUGCCUUUCUGCUGUCUGCCUGCUGCCUGCUGCCUGCUGCCUUCCUGCUGUCUGCUGCCUUCCUGCUGUCUGCCUGCUGCCUACUGUCUUCCUGCUGUCUGUCUGCUGUCUGCUGCCUUCCUGCUGUCUGCCUGCUGCCUGCUGCCUUCCUGUUGUCUGCCUGCUGCCUUCCUGCUGUCUGUCUGCUGUGUGCUGCCUUCCUGCUGUCUGCCUGCUGCCUGCUGCCUUCCUGCUGUCUGCCUGCUGCCUGCUGCCUUCCUGCUGUCUGCCUGCUGCCUGCUGCCUUCCUGCUGUCUGCCUGCUGCCUGCUGCCUUCCUGCUCUCUGCCUGCUGCCUUCCUGCUGUCUGCCUGCUGCCUUCCUGCUGUCUGCCUGCUGCCUUCCUGCUGUCUGCCUGCUGCCUACUGUCUUCCUGCUGUCUGUGUGCUGCCUGCUGCCUUCCUGCUGUCUGUCUGCUGUCUGCUGCCUUCCUGCUGCCUUCCUGCUGUCUGCCUGCUGCCUGCUGCCUUCCUGUUGUCUGCCUGCUGCCUUCCUGCUGUCUGUAUGCUGUGUGCUGCCUUCCUGCUGUCUGUCUGCUGUCUGCUGCCUUCCUGCUGUCUGCCUGCUGCCUUCCUGCUGUCUGCCUGCUGCCUUCCUGCUGUCUGCCUGCUGCCUGCUGCCUUCCUGCUAUCUGCCUGCUGCCUUCAUGCUGUCUGCCUGCUGCCUGCUGCCUGCUGCCUUCCUGCUGUCUGCCUGCUGCCUGCUGCCUUCCUGCUGUCUGCCUGCUGCCUAACUCUGAAAAACCCUUGCUCAUAUGGUUUAUUUUUGUCUUUGGUGCAUGAUGAUCUGGUUCAUGGAUCGUUUGGUUUCCUAGGUCCGGUGUGGCCAUGUCGUGUUUGUGUGUGUCUGUGUGUGUGUGUGUGUCUGUGUGUAUGAAAAAUGUAUGCACUCACUAACUGUAAGUCGCUCUGGAUAAGAGCGUCUGCUAAAUGACGUAAAUGUAAAUGUGUGUGAGUGUCUGUCUGUCUGUGUGUCUCUGUCUGUGCACCAGCGUCCGUGCACAUGUCUCAUUUGACCCCACUAGAGUAAACUAUGUUACCCAGAGCCAAUAGUGUUGCAUGUGAUGGGCAUGCCUGCCUAACUUGGUAUUUUAUGAGUUUCUGUGAAGAAAUGCCAGAUUUUGGGUUCUCCAUAUUUCUGUUUCACAUUUACAUUUUAGUAAUUUAGCAGACGCUCUUAUCCAGAGUGACUUACAGUUAGUGAGUGCAUACAUUUUCAUACUGGCCCCCCGUGGAAAACGAACCCACAACCCUGGCGUUGCAAGCGCCAUGCUCUACCAACUGAGCUACAGGGGACCUGUUUUAUGUUCAUUGUUAUCCUCUGGCUAUAAUAAUCUUUGAGUUCACAUUGUUCUCUUGUUGAGUGACAGUAGUUCAUUUGGUUUUGAGUAGCUUCUGUUAUCUACCAAAUGGCUUAUCCACAAUACGGCCUCUAUCCACAAUAUGACCUUUGGAGCACCUUAAAUGAAAUUUGGGGAAAAAAGGCAAACCCAUCAUUCAUUAAAUCAGAUGGCUCAUUCAUCACACUGAUAUUGCCAACUACUUUAAUGAUUUUUUUCAUUGGCAAGAUUAGCAAACUUAGGCGUGACAUGCCAGCAACAAACGCUGACACUACACAUCCAAGUAUAUCAGAAGUAUAUCUGACCAAAUUAUGAAAGACAAGCAUUGUAAUUUUGAAUUCCAUAAAGUGAGUGUGGAAAAGGUGAAGAAAUUAUUAUUGUCGAUCAACAAUGACAUGCCACCGGAGUCUGACAACUUGGAUGGAAAAUUACUGAGGAUAAUAGCGGACGAUAUUGCCACAAUUUAAGCCUACUAGAAAGUUUGUGCCCUCAGGCCUGGAGGGGAAGCAAAAGUCAUUCCGCUACCUAAGAAUAGUAAAGCCCCCUUUACUAGCUCAAAUAGCCAACCAAUCAGCCUGUUACCAACCUUUAGUAAACUUUUGGAAAAAAUUGUGUUUGACCAGAUACAAUGCUAUUUUACAGUAAACAAAUUGACAACAGACUUUCAGCAAGCUUAUAGGGAAGGACAUUCAACAAGCACAGCACUAACACAAAUGACUGAUGAUUGGCUGAGAGAAAUUGAUGAUAAAAAGAUUGUGGGGGCUGUUAGACUUCAGUGCGGCUUUUGACAUUAUCGAUCAUAGUCUGCUGCUGGAAAAACGUAUGUCUUAUGGCUUUACACCCCCUGCUAUAUUGUGGAUAAAGAAUUACCUGUCUAACAGAACACAUAGGGUGUUCUUUAAUGGAAGCCUCUCCAACAUAAUCCAGGUAGAAUCAGGAAUUCCCCAGGGCAGCUGUCUAGGCCCCUUACUUUUUUAGUUUUUUAAAUCUUUACUAACGACAUGCCAUUGGCUUUGAGUAAAGCCAGUGUGUCUAUGUAUGCAGAUGACUCAACACUAUAUAUACGUCAGCUACUACAGCGACUGAAAUGACUGCAACACUUAACAAAGAGCUGCAGUUAGUUUCAGAAUGGGUGGCAAAGAAUAAGUUAGUCCUAAAUAUUUCAAAAACUAAAAGCAUUGUAUUUAGGACAAAUCAUUCACUAAACCUUAAACCUCAACUAAAUCUUGUAAUGAAUAAUGUGGAAAUUGAGCAAGUUGAGGUGACUAAACUGCUUGGAGUAACCCUGGAUUGUAAACUGACAUGGUCAGAACAUAUUUAUACAACAGUAGCUAAGAUGGGGAGAAGUCUGUUCAUAAUAAAGCACAGCUCUGCCUUCUUAACAACACUAUAAACAAGGCAGGUCCUACAGGCCUUAGUUUUGUCGCACCUGGACUACUGUUCAGUCGAGUGGUCAGGUGCCACAAAGAGGGACUUAGGAAAAUUGCAAUGGGCUCAGAACAGGGCAGCACGGCUGGCCCUUAGAUGUACACAGAGAGCUAACAUUAAUAAUAUGCAUGUCAAUCUCUCCUGGCUCAAAGUGGAGGAGAGAUUGACUUCAUCACUACUUGUAUUUGUGAGAGAUAUUGACAUGUUGAAUACACUGAGCUGUCUGUUUGAACUACUGGCACACAGCUCAGACACCCAUGCAUACCCAACAAGACAUGCCACCAGAGGUCUCUUCACAGUCCCCAAGUCCAGAACAGACUAUGGGAGGUGCACAGUACUACAUAGAGCCAUGACUACAUGGAACUCUAUUCCACAUCAAGUAACUCAUGCAAGCAGUAAAAUUUGAUAUAAAAAUACACCUUAUGGAACAGCGGGGACUGUGAAGUAACAAAAACAUAGGCACAGACGCAUGCAUACACACACGAUAACAUACGCUCUUUUAAUGUGUUGUGAAAUCUGUUGUGAAUGUGUUGUAAUGUUUUUAAAAUUCUAUAACUGCCUAAACUUUGCUGGACCCCAGGAAGAGUAGCUGCUGCCUUGGCAGGAACUAAUGGGGAUCCAUAAUAAAUACAAAUACCUCUAUCCACAAUACGACCACUAUGCACAAUACGACAUCUAUCCACAAUACGAUCUCUAUCCACAAUACAAUCUCUAUCCACAAUACGACCUCUAUCCACAAUACGACCUCUAUCCACAAUACGAUCUCUAUCCACAAUACGACCUCUAUCCACAAUAUGAUCUCUAUCCACAAUACGAUCUCUAUCCACAAUACGACCUCUAUCCACAAUACGACCUCUAUCCACAAUACAACCUCUAUCCACAAUACGACCUCUAUCCACAAUACGACCUCUAUCCACAAUAGUACCGCUUUCACAGCCACUAAUAAUCUCUUACCCUGACCCUGGCAGUGCCCCCACUCUCCGAGGGUGUCUCAGGGAGAGUUGGGAUAUGCAAAAAACUAUUGCUUUUAAUCCACCAAAUAUUAUUAUUAUUUUACUCUUCUAAUUCCAUCACAUGACCACAACAUUCUAUAAAACGUAUAUAUACAGUGGGGGAAAAAAGUAUUUAGUCAGCCACCAAUUGUGCAAGUUCUUCCACUUAAAAAGAUGAGAGAGGCCUGUAAUUUUCAUCAUAGGUACACGUCAACUAUGACAGACAAAAUGAGGAAAAAAAUCAAGAAAAUCACAUUGUAGGAUUUUUUAUGAAUUUAUUUGCAAAUUAUGGUGGAAAAUAAGUAUUUGGUCAAUAACAAAAGUUUCUCAAUACUUUGUUAUAUACCCUUUGUUGGCAAUGACACAGGUCAAACGUUUUCUGUAAGUCUUCACAAGGUUUUCACACACUGUUGCUGGUAUUUUGGCCCAUUCCUCCAUGCAGAUGUCCUCUAGAGCAGUGAUGUUUUGGGGCUGUCGCUGGGCAACACAGACUUUCAACUCCCUCCAAAGAUUUUCUAUGGGGUUGAGAUCUGGAGACUGGCUAAGCCACUCCAGGACCUUGAAAUGCUUCUUACGAAGCCACUCCUUCGUUGCCCGGGCGGUGUGUUUGGGAUCAUUGUCAUGCUGAAAGACCCAGCCACGUUUCAUCUUCAAUGCCCUUGCUGAUGGAAGGAGGUUUUCACUCAAGAUCUCACGAUACAUGGCCCCAUUCAUUCUUUCCUUUACACGGAUCAGUUGUCCUGGUCCCUUUGCAGAAAAACAGCCCCAAAGCAUGAUGUUUCCACCCCCAUGCUUCACAGUAGGUAUGGUGUUCUUUGGAUGCAACUCAGCAUUCUUUGUCCUCCAAACACGACGAGUUGAGUUUUUACCAAAAAGUUAUAUUAUGGUUUCAUCUGACCAUAUGACAUUCUCCAAAUCCUCUUCUGGAUCAUCCAAAUGCACUCUAGCAAACUUCAGACGGGCCUGGACAUGUACUGGCUUAAGCAGGGGGACACGUCUGGCACUGCAGGAUUUGAGUCCCUGGCGGCGUAGUGUGUUACUGAUGGUAGGCUUUGUUACUUUGGUCCCAGCUCUCUGCAGGUCAUUCACUAGGUACCCCCGUGUGGUUCUGGGAUUUUUGCUCACCGUUCUUGUGAUCAUUUUGACCCCACGGGGUGAGAUCUUGCGUGGAGCUCCAGAUCGAGGGAGAUUAUCAGUGGUCUUGUAUGUCUUCCAUUUCCUAAUAAUUGCUACCACAGUUGAUUUCUUCAAACCAAGCUGCUUACCUAUUGCAGAUUCAGUCUUCCCAGCCUGGUGCAGGUCUACAAUUUUGUUUCUGGUGUCCUUUGACAGCUCUUUGGUCUUGGCCAUAGUGGAGUUUGGAGUGUGACUGUUUGAGGUUGUAGACAGGUGUCUUUUAUACUGAUAACAAGUUCAAACUGGUGCCAUUAAUACAGGUAACGAGUGGAGGACAGAGGAGCCUCUUAAAGAAGAAGUUACAGGUCUGUGAGAGCCAGAAAUCUUGCUUGUUUGUAGGUGACCAAAUACUUAUUUUCCACCAUAAUUUGCAAAUAAAUUCAUUAAAAAUCCUACAAUGUGAUUUUCUGGAUAUUUUUUUCUCAAUUUGUCUGUCAUAGUUGACUUGUACCUAUGAUGAAAAUUACAGGCCUCUCUCAUCUUUUUAAGUGGGAGAACUUGCACAAUUGGUGGCUGACUAAAUACUUUUUUCCCCACUGUAUAUAUUUUUUUAUAUCAUUGACUGUUAAUGUUCCAGAUUUAGACAAAAGGCUCAUGUUCAUCUGAAGUCCCUGGGCUCGUCAUUUAAAAUGACAGCGCAAACAAAAAUGCAUAAAAUACAACAGGACAUCAGCCAGUUUUUGCCGUUGUUUAACAUAAAUCUAAUGAAGUUCCCUCUCCUCUUAGCCAAGUCCUCUCAUCCUAAGAAAGCUGGAGGCACAUCCAAGAGCACGGCCCAGUCCUCAUCCUCUUCAUCGUCCACACCGUGUACCACAAAGAUCUCCAAGGACAGGCCUGCCAACCCAACCGGGACAGAGAAGACCAACAAACGCAUCCUCCAACUAGCAACUGACCCUUCCAGCUUCUCUGGAGCCCCAAAGGCAUCCCCAGACACAGACAACCUAUCAGGGGAGAGACGGCUCACGGGCCCUGGGGAUGGGAACGAUGGGGUUAAGAAGGAUCCCUCUUCUGGCCCAGAGGGCAGGCCUGCUGCUCAGGAAGACUCCUCUCUGCCUGGGGUGGAUAAAGACAAUGCCUCAGGAGCUGGCCCUCAGGACCCUGGGGAGAAAGCCCCCCUGGUCAACAACACCAAUGAGGACACUUCCUUCACUGAGUCUCAAAGCGAGAGCUCCACGGAGGAAGCCCUGGGGACUUGGGAAGAUGGAGGAGGUGACCAUGAGUCGGGGGACGCAGACCAUGACUUAGAGAAAAAUCUGAGGUAUGUAUCUAGUGCAGAAAAGCCUCAUUAUGGGGUUUCAGACAGAGAAAAAACUGCACAGAAAAUGUUAUUGUUGAGCAAUGCCACACAGCCACUUCAUAAGGGUAUUAACAACAUAAUUAGAAUAACAUUUAUAUUGCAGAUUCAGAAGACAGCACAGCAGUGUAAAAAGCUAUCCUGUGUGGAACAUUGUACUGUAUAAUUUACCAAUAUACACUUAUUCUCCCAGAGAAGCUGGAUAAUUUCCCAGGGGGCAUUGCACUUGGUCAUCUGUUCAACAGUAAGGUCAAACCAAAGGUCAAAAUCUAUAAAUGUACAGUACUCCACCUUAUAGUCACUACCACUCUCAGUAUGCCUUCUAAAAUCAGUUGUUUCUUAGUUCUACUAUGUGCUGUAUUCUUAGAUGGCUCCUCAUUGCUAAACUUUGGGAACACCUGCUGUAAGUCACAGAACCCUGUCUGUGUUGUAGGCCUUCAACCACUGGAAAGAGGAUAGUUUAUCUUGCAUGAUGCCAGGUUCAUGAGGAAAAGCCUGUUGGGAAAGAAAGGCCUGUUUUCCCCAGCGUUUUGGUCUAUACACCCUUCAUCUGAAAUUUUUUUGCGACAUUUUCCAUUAUGCAACAAGGACAACAAUGGCCAUGAUAAAUCAAUCAAUAGACAAGAAUCAAUCAGGUAAGAACACUUUAUCCGAGUUUUGAUGAUGUGAUUCCAGGCCUAUCAAUGGGAUUGGUGAGAAGCUCCACAGUGUUAACCUGGAGAGCCCAGAGGUUACAGUCAUCCCAGACAGCACUAUGGAGUCUGACUACCACUCCACAGUCAGCGACUCCGACUCAGAUGGGCCCAUCCUCUACCGAGACGACGAAGAGGAAGAGGAAGAGGAGGACGAGUAUACCACAAGUAAGGAAUCCGUCGCAGAUAUAGAAGCUUACAGCAAAUUGUAUUCUAGCCUUUAGUCAGUCAGUCAGUCUUCAUGUAUGCUGUCCAGCCUUUGCAACAAAUUAAUCCAUAGCCACUCGUGCAUUCACUGCAAAAUCUAAGCAAGCCUAAAUAUCUUAAAUUGAGGGAUAAUUCACUUAAAAUAUGUGUUUUUUUCUUUCUUACCAAGCUAAAUUAUCUCACGGCAGAUGAUUUUGCUUAUUUUAUUUUAUUAACCAAGAUAUUUGAAUCGUCUUAAGGUAAAAUAUAUAUAUUUUUUAAUUUUGCUUAUUUUAAUCAACAACAAAAAAUUAUCUGCGAAUGACGUGAGAUAAUUUAGCUUGGUAAAAUGUUUUAUAUAUAUUUUAAGUGAAUUAUCCCUGAAUAUAAGAUAUUUAGGCUGUUUCACUUUUUGCAGUGCUAGAAAUAAGGAAAACACCCUUGAAACUACAAACAUGGACUAGAAACAAGGACUAGAAACAUGGACUAGAAACAAGGACUACAAACAACCAAAACACUGUUGAAAACAAUGUCACUUCUUGUGUUUCUUUCUGGGAGGUUUUAUAUGUACUAUUAUAUAUACUGCACAGAACACUUUCCUACAGUAUAAAACUGGGGGGCUAGCUGGAUUUACAUGAUAAUUAUUGGUUUUGUAGGCUCUCUAGCCAGUAAGAUCCGCCGCAGGGACACCCUGGCCAUCAGACUGGGCAACCGGCCCAGCAAGAGAGAGCUGGAGGAGAAGAACAUCCUGCCUCGUACCUCUGAGACCGAGAGGCAGGAACUUCGCCAGCAGAUUCACUCCAAGCUAGUG